AUGCCCUCCCCGCCCGGCCUGCUGGCCUCCUGCGUUCCCCGCGUUGGCGUCGCCGUGUUCAUCCUCCACGCCGAUCUCAGCGACGACACCACCACCGUGGAUAAUUCCACCGUCCCAUCCGACUCCAGGCGGUCCCAACGACCUAAAUUCCUGCUGGGUCAGCGUCUGGGCUCGCACGGCGCAGGGACCUGGGCGUUGCCCGGUGGGCAUCUGGAAUUCGGCGAGUCCUUUGAGGAGUGCGCUGCUCGCGAAGUACGUGAGGAGACAGGGCUCGAAGUGGAAGAGGUCCAAUUCCUCACCGCGACGAAUGAUCUGAUGCCGUUCGAAUCGUCCCCGACAACAGAGCAAGGGAAGGAAGGAAGCGUCAAGGGGAAGCAUUAUGUCACCAUCUUCAUGACCGCGCGAGUCAAGGCCAACGACGAUCAGACAGAGAGCAAGGCGAUGCCGGAAGCGAAACUGCUCGAGCCAGAGAAAUGUGCUGGGUGGCAUUGGGUGUCAUGGGACGACUUGGAGCGAUGGGCGAUACCACAGCUUGCGAAGCUCGACGGUGAAGAGACCACCGCAGAGCGAGCAAAGCCACGAUCGAGAGUGGAGGGAGAAGCAGGAGAUCGACAGAUCACCCAUUCGACAGAGGCGAAGAGCCAAAAGGGUGUGGAAACGGAUGGUUCUGCAGCUGACGGCAUCGCCCGCACAUUAUUUUCUCCCAUGAUCUCACUUCUGGUCCAGCGGCCUGAGGCGAUUCCUGGUCAGAAUUGA